AUGGCUGGCCUUUCACGCCGUAAUCUGAACGAGGUAGAGAGAUUUACGAUGCACACCGGCUCCGAGCUGACGGACCUGAGAGGAUUUUCUCAUCCCGUAGAAGAUCAAAGCGAGACUCUUCUCCGGAGAUUCCUCGAAGAUCCAGACAUCAAAAAGAGCGAGGUCAGCAGGGAUGACGAAAAACUGAAGGGUCGAAAAAGACACCAACGUCAACAACGACCAAGAAAACGGGGGAAAGAAAGGCAACCAGUGCAUAUUUCCCAAAUUUUUAGAACCACUUGGAAAAGGAAGGGAUAUACUUCCACAAUCAUUUUGACGAAGAGGAUCCAGAAGCACAAGAGCCUGAGAAUUGGCAAGAUAUCAAGCACCUACCAGCAAUCUGACGCACGUUCCUUUACCGACAAGAUUGAGAAGGGAAGAUUUACGCAACCUUUUCUUCGGCAACUAAACACUUCAGAUGAGCCAUUGAACAGGAAGAAACCCCAAGAUAACCCAUAUCAAACACCAUUUCGGAGUUAUUGCCGCCAGAAACACCCAAGAACGCGAAAAGUUUGGAAGCGAGGCAAGGAUAUUGAACAUAUAUCUGCCGCUGCCAGAUUCCAUGUGGAGAAGAAAGAGUUGAAGGACUUCAUCUUUACGUAUUGCACAAGGAGAACGGGCUGGCUUGGAUACCGCGUGGGAUGA